AGUGAUAUAAUAAGACUAGAAAAAUCUAAUUUUUAUUUCCAUUAUGGAUAAUAUCCAUGAAUUAAAGUCCAGCAUUAUUAAAGAGGUUCCUGUUGGAACUAAAGCUGUACUUAAUUGUGUAAGCAAUGACUUCAACCACAACUUUAUGUUUUGGCUAUUUGACAAAAAUAAAAUCAUCGGACCAGGUAACACCUAUGAUGAAAGAAAAUACAAAUAUGAGGUCUUAUCUGGACGCCUUCAUAUUGAUAAUGUGUCUCCCAAUGAGGCUGGAUACUAUAAAUGUGUGUCAAAGAAUCUUGAUGGAUCAGGCAUAUCAGUUGGAGAGGUAGAAAUGAUUGUUCAGGGUUCCAGUUCUACUGCAAUGGAUGCUAUUAAACUUGUUGCCAUAGUAGUUUCCAUAUUAAUAAUAAUUGCUUGUGCAGUUAUAUAUUUAAGAUUAAGAAAACAGUGGAAAAAGUAUGAUGGAAGGACAGUUGUGCCAGUGGAUGAAUUAGAGGAAGAGGAUGGUGAUGAGAUUUACAAUCAAACAACAACAACAAUAGAGCCAGUAGCUGGACCCAGCAGAAACCAGUCGUCUGAUCAACUACUGUAUGGCAUAGAUAAUCAAGGUCUUGAUACAGAUUUUAAUUCAGUUUUUGAGAAUAUACAAAUAAAAUCUCCAAAUGUAAGCCUCAUUUAGAAAUAUACAUAUUUAAGUAUAGGGCAAAUUUUAUGAAGAAUUUUUGAUAUUACUAAGUUUACAAUGUAAUGUCUCUUGUGUUAUUAAACUGAUCAGUGUUAUUA